AGGCCCGCGGCCGCCGCCGCCAUUUCGGGUGCUGCUGUGAGGCUGAGACCCGAGCCGGUCCGCUGGGCGGCGGGCGCCAGGGCUGGAGGGGCGCUCGCGGCUGCGGCUGCGGCGGCGGCGGCGGCGGCGGCGGCGGCGGCGGCGGCGGCCCAGCGUGUAGGCGCGGAGGCGGCCAUGGCGGGCAACUUCGACUCGGAGGAGCGAAGUAGCUGGUACUGGGGGCGGUUGAGCCGGCAGGAAGCGGUGUCGCUAUUGCAGGGCCAGCGGCACGGGGUGUUCCUGGUGCGGGACUCAAGCACCAGCCCCGGGGACUAUGUGCUCAGCGUCUCCGAGAACUCGCGCGUUUCCCACUACAUCAUCAACAGCAGCGGCCCGCGCCCGCCGGUGCCACCGUCGCCCGCCCAGCCUCCGCCCGGGGUGAGCCCCGCCAGACUCCGAAUAGGAGAUCAAGAGUUUGAUUCAUUGCCUGCUUUACUGGAAUUCUACAAAAUACACUAUUUGGACACUACAACGUUGAUAGAACCAGUUUCCAGAUCCAGGCAGUGUAGUGGAGUGAUUCUCAGGCAGGAGGAGGCAGAGUAUGUACGAGCCCUUUUUGACUUUAAUGGGAAUGAUGAAGAAGAUCUUCCCUUUAAGAAAGGAGACAUCCUGAGAAUCCGGGAUAAGCCUGAAGAGCAGUGGUGGAAUGCAGAGGACAGCGAAGGCAAGAGAGGGAUGAUUCCAGUCCCUUACGUCGAGAAGUAUAGACCUGCCUCCGCCUCAGUAUCGGCUCUGAUUGGAGGUAACCAGGAGGGUUCCCACCCACAGCCACUGGGUGGGCCGGAGCCUGGGCCCUAUGCCCAACCCAGCGUCAACACUCCGCUCCCUAGCCUCCAGAAUGGGCCCAUUUAUGCCAGGGUAAUCCAGAAGCGAGUCCCUAAUGCCUACGACAAGACAGCCUUGGCUUUGGAGGUCGGUGAGCUGGUAAAGGUUACGAAGAUUAAUGUGAGUGGUCAGUGGGAAGGGGAGUGUAAUGGCAAACGAGGUCACUUCCCAUUCACACAUGUCCGUCUGCUGGAUCAACAGAAUCCUGAUGAGGACUUCAGCUGAGUAUAGCUCAACAAACAGUUUUGCUGACAGAUGGGAACAAUCUUUUUUUUUUUCCAAUUGCCAUCUAUACAAUUUUCUUACAGAUGUCAAAACAGUCUAGUUUAUAGAAGCAUUCUGUUACCUGUGAUCUUUUUUAGACCGAACUACUCCAUCCCUAGUCUCAUUUACCACUUUCAGGGUACGAAACUGGAGGAUUUGUGUGUUAACUUCUGAAUUGGCAAUUUUAGGUGGUAGCAGCCAUGCCUCAGUGUGUCAGAAGGGAUAGGUGUGUUGCCUUCUUUUUCUCAGGCAGUGCAAAUCAACCUGUGGAAACUGUUGGACAGGACGGGAGUAGGCACACUGCCUGAUUUACUCCGUGGUUUCGUUUUCAUUCUGAAACCAUGCUAACCAAUGGCAAUAGACUGUUCCUUCCACCCCCAUGAAGUAGUCGUGCACCUUGUGAAUAGUAAGUACCCAGUGGGAGUGCUUUUUCAUUUAUAGAACAUGACCAUGGUAUGACUCAUUCUGACAGUUCAAAUCUUGAGAUUCUGAGAACACUACUAGAGGCAUUUGUUUUCCUUUUUGGUCAAUGCUUCAUACUUUUUCUUGGGAUUCUUUCCACUCCUAUCAUUCUUUUUCCCCAAACCUUCAAAUAGGUUAAUUCUCAAGAAAAAUGUUUAUUUUCAUUCCAGGUGACAAGCAGGAUGUGCAAAGCACUUUAUUCAGUGCAUAGCUUUAAGCCAGUAUUGGAUUGACAGCCCAACUCCUAGCUUUCUGCCUGCCCUCAAGGGGUCAUAGCAGGUUCACACCGCUACCACAGCUAAACAGACUCCUGGCUGUUGGGAUCUAGCAGGGCCAUUUCUCCUGAGUGUCAGUAUCCUAGUAGGGGACUCUUUGGAAUUCUCAGCUUCUACUUGAUGUGGAAUGACCAGUCACUUAGAAUAUUCCAUAGAGGGUUUGGGGGCCAAAUUCUGCCCUUUGCUCUACUUGCAAGUUAAAUAAAAGUCAAGUUAAAAUUACUUGAGUUUGGGGGUAGGGUUAGUGCUUUGAAAGUGUUUGAACCAAUCAUGAAUUACUUAGGUAUUAGUCUUUCAGUGGCCAGAAUAGUGCUUUAAGUACAUUAUAUUAUAAACUGCCUUUAUUUUUGGCUCUUUUCUUUACAUUCAAGUUUAGUUUACAAACCCUUUUAAGUAUAGAAUGGUUUAUAUGGGGUCAGAUGCUCCAAAGAAUGGACUUCUGAGACCAAAAAUAAUCUAGACUAUUUAGACAACAAUAUGAAACUUUCAAAGUUAGUUCCCAGUCUAGAAAGGCACUUAAUUGGUCUAUGGUGUGGUAUGACCAAUAGAAUCACCUAAUAUUUUUCUUUGGGCCUCAUUUAGAAAAGUGAUAUAUCUUUCUAAUGUUUUACAUAGGUUAGUGAUUAAUUUGCAUUCUUUGAAAACAUACCAAAUCAUGGUAUCCCAGUAACUAGCACAAUGCCUGGCACAGUCAGUGUGCAAAUGUUUGUGUGAGUGUGUGAAUGAGGGGUGGUAGAAGCUCAUUACAUGGCACAGGGAAGCCAGCUGGCACAGGAUUACAUAACAUUACCAUAAGCAAACUAAUGAGUUGACGCUAAUUUAAUAUAUUUUUACCUCACACUAAGGUAAUGCUUGAUAAAGACAUUAAUACUAGACUUUUAAAAUGUUAGCACAGUGCUAUGUCCCCUUAGUGGGUGCUUGGUUGUGUUGAAUGAACGUAUUUGCAAUAUUAGACUUAAUUCCAUCUGACUACUCCAUUAAAUUUCAGUUAGAGCAUAGAUACUGUAAAAUCCAAAUACACAUUAAAUUGUUUUUCUGAAAGUAUGACAUCUAAAAUAUUUGUUAAACAUUGUCACAACUGAUUUGAAUGUUUGUAUUUUCUUUUGCCUUUGACUUUAAUACUGGCUUGUAAUGUCUCUUCAUCAUAUGUAAUAUUAAUGGAACAUGCAACUUUACCCAAAUCAUAAGAAUUUCUUAAUGAUCGAUGUAAGCUGUUACAUGAACUCUUGAUUUGGAGUUGGCUGGGUGUGGCAGCUGUUGGACCUUAAGGAAUUGAAGGACUUCUUAUAAGUAUCUUCCAAAAACAAAUGCUAGAAUCCUAUUCAAGUUACAUGUGUACAUUGUCACAGAGCAAAGUGAACUGAAAUUGGCUGCUAUAUUUUAUAUAAUCAUUUCUGCAAAAGCUCAUUUUUUGGAUACUAAUAUUUGACAUGGUUAAUUCCUAUUAAUUUGUUGAAAUUAUGUAUUGUUAAUAAUGCAAAUAGGUAAUUUUUAAUUAUCCUUAAGUAACAUUUCACUAUUAAUGGUUUGAAAUGGGUGAUAAGCAAACCAAUUUGAAAUAAAAGACGAUCAUGUGCCAUUGUAUUAUAACACUAUACACUUUCUUGACAGUUAAAAUUUUUUUUAAAUGUUUUUUUUGUAGCAUGUGCUGUAUAUGUUUAUAGUAUAUGUAGUAAAUAAAAAUAUGGCCAGAUGUUUGGCUUGGUGAUCUUUUGAAGAAAGUAAUCUUUGAAUAUUUUUCACAAAAGAGCCAAAUUGUUUUGUUUAGAGAAAAAGAUGUGUGUGCAUCCAGCAGCCUACAGUCAUAUCAUCAGAUAGAGAAACAAUUAUACACACUCUGUGGGUACUCAGUAAAGAUGAGAUGGUCAUUGGUUAUAUUUCAAAGCGUCUCCAGAAGUCAUGAAAUAAUUCAUAUGAGGGGAACAAAGAAUGGUAAUGUAAUUGGAAAGAUGGAGUAUUAUGGACAGAGAACAUCAAAAUUUGUCCAGAAGUAGUUAUAUGUGGGAGUAAAAAAAAAAAAAAAAGGAUGUAGUUAAGGGGGCUUUGUAAAGCACACAGUAAGUUUGGAUGUUAUCCAAUAGAUUUUUAGAAUGCUAGUGUAGAUAUCCAGUAUAAUUCUCCCUUUUUAUGUAAGCAGUAUAUUUCCAGGGUGGAUAAUUUAGAAAAUUAAAAAUGUUAAAUAACGUGUUCUUCCCAUUCCUUCCCAUUAUUUGUUCAGAAUCUUUGACCCCUAGGGGGUCCACAGAUAGACCUCAUAAGGAGUGUGGCAGUGAUGGCUCACUCAAAUCCACAUUCUCUUCUACGUGUAUACAUUGCUUGACUACAUUUCCCAGGUUCCCUUGCUGUUAUGUAUGACCAUGUGAGUGAGUCCAGCCGCUGGACUGUGCAGAAAUGCCUGCACUACUUUCAGGCCUGGCCUCCAGAAACCUCCCACAAGUGUUCCUGCAAUGCUCUUCAUUUCCAUCAGUGGAAAUGAGAUGACACCCAGGUCAGAGCUUUCAUCUGCCCAAUCCCCAAAUCACUGCAUGGAGAAGGGCCUCUCCAGCUUAGUGACCAGCUUAUUUAGCAAGAAAUAAAAUUCUGUUUGGCCAUUUUGUAUUUUAAGGUCUAAUACCUACAGUGGUUAGCCCAUUCUGACUAAUAUAAGUGAGUUGAAUUGGGUAGGUGAGAGGUUAACCGACUGGCAGGCUGUGACCACAUGAUGCCAAAGCUUUGUAGAAAUCAGGAUGCUUCAGGCACUUCAGAUAAUCAAUGAAUAAAUUUUUAGUGUAAAUAUAUACCUUGUAGUAUCUGAAGUUGAAAUUUAAUUGGGUGUCCUGUAUUUUUAUUUGCUAAGUCUGGCAACUCUAUCCCUGGUCUGUCCUUUAGAGAAACCCUGUUCUUUCCUCUAGGGGAAUUGAAUUCCUUCUGAAACAUAAAUAAUCCAUACCAGGAUAGCUAGGGCCAGCCAGCUCAUUCCAUGGCUCACAGUUUUGUCAUCUUUGCUAAUUGCCCCAAGUGUAAGUCCCCCAAGUCAUCUCCAUUUGGUUACUGGCAUCAUCAAGCUGUACCAGGCCUUCUCUGGCCAUAUAUACCCCCAUUUUGUUAAUGUAUUGUUAAUAAUGCAAAUAGGUAAUUUGGGACUUCACUCAAUCGCUGAAACUCUUACCCUCCUGUUAGGCUCCCUACUCUUUUUUACUGUCAUCAACCAAACUUCUCAUUUAUUGAAGAUUUUGAAACCUGGCUUUCAGUUUUUCUUUACCCCAAGACCUGCUCUCAUCUGGGGUAACCUAUCCAUCACUUUGGCCUCUCUUUUUGACCACCUCAAAUCCAUUACCUUGUAUUGUUCAUCCUUGGAAUCUUAAGCUUCUUAUUCUCUGAUCACUACCAUCUGGCAUUCCAGUUCUCUGUUUUCCCAAAGCCCAUGUUCUUCCAUUUCAGAAGUCCUCUGGUUCCCAAACUCAACUACCAGCCAUCUCCUGUUCUUCCUUUCAAGUUAGAUAAUGAGCAAAUAUAUUACAUAUUGUCAGGUCUUAAAUACAUCCAACUGCUUACUGGACAUCUCCAUUCGGAUAUCCUAAAGGCACCUCAAACUACACAUUCCAAACUGAAUUCACCAUCCUUUCCCCCAUCUGCUCCUCUUCCACAUUCCUGAUCUUCCAAGCCAAAACCUGGAGCUGUCUUCUCAUUCAUCAUCCAAUUUCUAGUCUUUUACUAAGUCCUAAAUUCUGAGCAUCUAAAAUCAGUCCAUUUAUCUCCAUCUCCACAGCUGCUACCUUGUUUCAAGCUGCUCGCUUCUCUCAGCUGGGUGAUCUCUGCAGCCCUCCAACUGGUCUCCUGCCUUUAGUUUCAGCCCCUCCAAUCUCUCUGUCACAUUGCAGCCCUAGUGAGCUUUCUAUAAUUCAUAGUAUAUUACAUUAUAUAUUCUCCUUCAGUAAACAUCCAAACCCUAUAAAGGGAUAUAGAGCUCUUUAUGUUCUGGUUCCUGCUUCUCUCUCCAGCUUCACCUCUUUUCACUAUCAUAUGCUAACCAUACUGAAUUUCUUGUCCUUUCUUUACCCAACCUACCUACUUACCCUUUCAGACUUUUGUUUACAGUCUGUACCUUUAUCUGGCUCACCUUCAGUUACCAGUCUUACCUGACACUGAUUUGGAUUAGGUGUCUGUCCCAACUCCUCUCUUGGCAAUGUGUACUCUUAGUUGUAAUAUCACACUGAACUGUUUGCCUGUGCAUGUGUCUGUCAUAAGACAGCCCUGUUUGACACACAGCAGAUACUCAGGGUAUGUAUUUUGGACAAGAAUGAAAAACAGGUUCGGUAGACUAGAGGUUACCAAAAGCCAAGUGGGAAUGAUAGGUAAUAAUCCUAGAGACAUAAGAAAGUUACUGUAUCAGUUAACUUUCACUGCAGAAUAAACCAUGCUAAUACUUAGUGACUUAAAGCAACAAUCAUUUAUUUAUCUUACAAAUCUGCAGCUCAGCAAUUUGGGUUGUGCUCAGCUAGUUGGUUUUUCUGUUUCUGUGCUAGUCUCACUCAUACAUCUUGUAUCAGUUUCUUACUGGCUGGGGCUGGAUGGUCUCAGAUGGCCUCAGCUGGCGUAGUUUAUCACUUCUUCAUGUGGUUUUCCAUCUCCAUCAGAGUAGCCUGGACUGGUUCUCAUGGUUAUUGAAAGGGUUCCAAAAGAACAGGCAGAAUCACACAGGGCCUGUUAAAGCCUGGCUUUAGAACUGACAAUGUCAGUUCCACUCCAUUCUAUGGAUCAAAGCAAGUCACAAAGCCAAUUCAAGGAGUGAGGAAAUAGAAUCCACCUCUUGAUGGGAGGUGCUGUGAAGUCAUAUUGCAAAGGGGGGCAGAUAUAGGAAGAGUGAAGGAUUGUGACCAUUUUGCAGUGUAUGCAGAUACCCCAUAAAAAAGAAACUGUUUGACUAAAAUAUGUAAAGCACAGAUUACUAGGAAGCAUCAUCAUUGGAUGAAUCACUACUCAAAUGUUCAUGGUUUUGCUUCAUUUUAUUUUGUACUUGAAAAUGUUGCAUGUUUUUAGUACCUGGCAAAGUAGGUGUUUGGAACUGGGCCAUGAGGACUGAGAAGAAGACGAUCAUUGAGAAUGAAGACUCUUGACAGCAAGCUUCAUUGGAGAAGGUUGUGUCCACUUACUUUUAUUCAUAGUAUGUCACAUAUAACCACAUGGAAAACACUAAACAAAUAUUUGUUGAAUGAAUAAUAGCAACCCUGUUUACUAUUAUAAAGAACUGUGCUGCUGCUCAUGGAAAUGCAUGUUAUACCCCACCCAAGGAUGUGAGGCAUGGGGGAGUGGGACUCUGUUGGCCAAGAUUCAGGCCUGGUCUGGAUUUGCUUGUCUGCAAGGGACAUUUCAAGUUCAAACAAAGGCACAUUUUGCUUGCUAAUCAGGAAGCCCCUAAGCUGCAUGUGUGAAAGGGGUACCUAUUUUAAGUCUUACAAAAGUUCCUAUGGGCUAGCAGGGCCCUGAGAAUGGAAGGUAGAACUGGUUGCUGAGGAAUUCAAGUUGGUGCAAAAUACAUAAAUGGCCCAAAAUGCACAAAGCAAGAAAAUUAAGUAAGCAUAAAACUAAGGCACUGUUCUUGUAAGUUGAUCAAGAUGAUUGAGAGAAACAGGAGCAAGAAAAAAAAAAAAAGACUUAGUGACAAUAAGUCUGAAUGGAGUUCAGAAACCAAUUGAGCAGUUAACAGACCAGAGCAGUGAAGCAUGCAAAAUGUGAUUUGUUGCUAUAAAAGGCAAAUCUAUAGGCACACAAAAUAGAUGAAUGGUUUCCUGGGCCAAAGAGUAGGAAUGGGGAUUGACUGUAAAUGGGCUCAAAGUUCAUUUUAGUGUGAUGGAAAUGUUCUAAAAUUAGAUUGUGGCAAUGGUUUUACAACUCUGUAAAUAUACUAAAAUUCAUUGAAUUGUAUGCUUAAAAUGGGUGGACUUCAUAGAGUGUAAAUGGUAGCUCAAUAAAUCUAUUACAAAA